UCAUGCUGCUGGGUUCCAGUUUUAAACCUAGGCCUGUGUAUGGCUUCCGAAUACUGCUGCCUCCACCGCCACCCUGCGCCAUGUGCCACUUUCGGGUCUCCUCACACUGCUGCCAGGUCCAUACUGAUUCAUGGCCCCCUGCCUCUGUAUGGCCUUCAAUUUAAGCUGCUUACGCUUCGCCACUCUGCCAUGGGCCCUGUACCGCCUCCUCUUGCUGCUGCCAGGUCCAGAGUGUGUCAUGGGUCCCUGUACGGCCUCCCAUUGCUGCUGUCUCCAUCGCCAGACUCUGCCAUGUGCCACUUUCAGGUCUCCUUACACUGUUGGUGGGUUCCAUUUUGUGAUCGGGUGCUGUAUGGCCUUCCAUUGCUGCUGCCUCCACCGCCACCCUGCGCCAUGUGCCUC